GAUUAUUUCGAUAUUUUAUUUUUUUAGAGUAUUUGGGAUAAUAAAUUUCGGUCAGUACUGCGAUCUCUCGCGUGCACUUACGAACAAAUUCGGCUGAGAGAUGAAUCCCAUAGGAAUCGAUAUGCCAGUUCGAUGGUGUGAUCCGUGGAAAUCGAUGACCUACAACGAUCCGCGAGCCUUGCUGAAAUCAGCCGAUCGAUCGUCGAUCGUCGUAAGCGGGGGCAGGAGAUCAAGAUGUGACGCGCGAUGUACCUUUGACAGUUCUGCAUUAAAGAUCGGACGCAUAGCGCUGGACUUAACAUGGGAAGUACAAUUGCCAGUGAUUUUGUUACGUCGCCGACUUAUCGCACGAUCGAAAGGCUGA